AUGGAUCCUGCCGGGCAUGGUCAGCGGGAUGGGGAUGUCGAUCAGCUGCAGCAGCAGGUCGAGCAGUGCCUGGAGCGGGUGGAGCCCAGCGCCUCGGAACAGCGCGAGCUGCUGCAGCGCGGCCUGCAGCUCACUGGGCAGGCGCUGCGCCUGGAUGAGGCGCCCACAGGCCCGCCAGGCCCGCCAGGCGACAGCAGGGGCAGUCCCCCGCCAGGCGGCGCUGGCCUGGACACCGAUCGCCCACGCUGGUUUCGGGCAGCCCGUCUCCGCCUCCUGCAGCAUCUGGACCGCCUGGACACUGUGCUGGCACUGAACAACGAUGCCUGGAACCCCGCCGCCUUCGCCAGCCUGCGCGACUGUACCAUAGCGGAGGCUGCGGCGGCGCUGGCGUCGGCUGGGCGGCUGGCCGCGCUGCCGCUGCUGCUGCAGCGCCACCCGCGCGCUCUGCUGCCGUCAGUGCUCGAGGUGCUGACCGCCAUCCCCGAGACGCUCGAUCCCAAGCAGUACGCACCGCUGCUGCGCCAGGUCGCGUCGCUGCAACAGCCGCCCGCCCUGGCACGCCCUGCAGACAGCGUGGAAAGCGCGGAAACCGCUGCCGAGCUGCGUGAGCACAGCCAGUAUGCCCUGCUGCUGGCCACGGAACCCAUGUGCGCCGCUGGCGGCGGCUGGCACCCGCCCACGCAGCGCCAGCUGGCCAACUGGGCGUGCGAGCGGGCGCAGCAGCUGGAUGCUGUGACAGGGCAGCUGCCGCAUGCGGCGACCCUACUAGAGGCGGCCCAGGCAGCGCUUCACUUUGGGGAGGCGGGCAUCGCCUCCCUGCUGGCGGCGGUCCAGGAGCUGCUGUCGCUCGUCAAGCUGGCGGCAUCGCGGCAGGAGGGCGGCAGCAGCAGCAGCAGCACGUGGCGCACAGGCCUGCGUCAGUAUGGGGCCCUGGGGCCGCAGCAGCGGCUGGCGCUGCUGCUGGGCCUGCUGGGCUCCGGAGACACCCUGGCAUCUGACCUGUCGCUCCAUGUGGUGCCCUUCCUGGCCAGGCUGCACAGCGGGGGCAGUAGUGAUGAGGCAGCUGACCCGCAGGUGGUGCUGCGGCAGGCGCUGGAGGGAGAAGCUGCGCGGCGGCUGUCCUGGACCGUACGCGUAAUCCAGUGCGAGGCCCGGCAGCGCGCCGCCUUUGCCUCCGCCGCGCAGCUGGCCAAGACCGCCGCCGCCUGCUGCUACGCGUGCACGGCCAGUGAUGCCUGGGAGCUGAUGAGCUCAAUGCUGAAAGCUGCUCGGGAGGCUGUGCGGGGCGAUGAGGAGCUGGAAGAGGAGGAGCAGGAGGCGGCUGAGGAGGCUUUGGAGCUGGUGCGGGGCCACGUCACCACCGCCCGCCUGCUCACCAAGCAUGGCCUGACCACGCCUGUCAGCAUGGUGCGCGACGCCGACCGAGGCGCCGCGCUGCGCCUGCUGCGCACCCUGCUGGCCCGCGUGUCGCGCACCAAAAACACAGAGUCGCGGUGGGUGGACAUGUGGAUGGACCUCCGCACCAUCCAGGAGCAUGGCUUCACGCAGCUGAGCGAGGAGGUUGUCCGCACAGAGUUCUGCCGAGCGCUGCUCAGGGUAGGGCAGUACCGCUUGUGCAAGACGUACCUGCAGGGCCUGCCCGCGGAAGCUGCCGAGCAGGUGGUGCUGGCCGCUGCCAAGGAGGUCUUCCUCUCAGCCUCCAGCUUGGCUGACAAGGCGGUGAAGCAGGCCAAAGAGUGCCUCGCCCUGCUGCCCGACUCGGCUGCUGGUCAAGAGCAGCUGGGGGCCAUUGCGGCGGGGGAGCAGCUGAAGCAGCUGGGGCUGGACCUGCCGCCCCUGCAGCUGCAGCAGCUGCGCGAGCAGGCGGCCAGCGGCGGGGGCAAGCUGGUUGGCGACCACCCCCAGCUGGCGGCAGCCGACAGCGCGAAGCUGAUGCAGGUGGCGGCGGCCCUGGGCAUCAGGCAGCAGCCGGAGCCGCUGCUGCUGCGGGCGGCAGAGGCGGCACACGCCUCGGGGAACCGAGCGCGCACGCGGGGCCUGCUGCUCCAGCUGGCCGCAAUGCAGUACAGGCCUGCCUGGCAGUUGGCGGCCGCUGUGGCUGCGGAGCGCGGUUGCGCCGGCAGCACACAGCUGCGCCUGCUCGUCUUUGCUCUGGCCUCUGCGCCCGCCGAGCAGCUGUUCUCGCUGCUGGAGCAGUGGGAGGCAGCAGACAGCGGCAGCGGCGGUAGCGGUAACGGCGGCGGCGGCUGGGAGCUGGCUCCCAUAGCAACGCCUGCUGCAGGUGGUGGGCCCAGCGGCCUGCAGGAGGCGCAGCGGGGCCAGCAGCUGUGGCUGGCCCAGCAGCUGAAGCAGCACUUCCUGCGCCUUGGCAGCGUGGGCGUCGGGAGCGGGAGCGCCGGCUGGGAUGACGCCGCCGCCGCCCUGGGCUGCCUGCAGGCGCUGGGCCCGCGGGGGCUGGCCCUGUGGGAGCGCCUGCUGCAGGAGGAGGCGCAGCGCCCGCUGGCACACCAGCAGCGGAGGCGCGCGCUGCUGCUGGGCCUCACUGCGGCGGGCCUGCAGGCGCUGCAGCCUGCUGACCUCGAUCUGUCUGCCCUGGACCCUGCUCUGGAUGCUGCCGAGGCGCGCCUGGAGGCCUCGCCGGCAGAGCUGCUCCGCCUCGUGCAACAGAAACAGCAGCAGCAGCAGGAGCAGCAGCAAGCAGCCACGGCAGCAGUGCCGGGGCUUGCCGGCGACAAGCAGCAGCAGCAGCUGCUGCAGCAGUCCGCCAGCAGCGACGGCGAGCAGGGGCUGGCACGGUCGGAGACGGCCUCAGAGGCGGGGGAGGCCGCCAGCAGCUCGGAGGCCUCGGCCACGCCUCCACCCAAGGGGGCCGGCAUCGCAGCCAUCAGCCCAGCCUAUAUGGCAACGGCAGCAGCAGCCGCGGCCGCCGAGCGGUUUCGAGACCUCCUCGACUCCGCGGCAGCUGCCCAGCAGCUGCAGGGGCUGCUGCCUGGGGUCGACGCUGCGGCCUCGCUGUCGGGCGGACCCGCCAGCCGGCGGCGGCUGGUGCUGCAGCUGGCGGCAGCGGCCGGCAUGCCCCCGUCCCUGCGUGCGGCGGGCGCCGGCGUCCCGCCCAGCCCCAGCCCCAGCCCCAGCCCCGCAGCCCUGCCCUCGCCGGCCAGGAGGCAGAGCACGGCGUGGGGCACGCCCAGCCCCAGCUGCAGCAGCAGUGCUGCGGUGCGGCGCAUGCCCAGCCGCAAGAAAUCCGAGGCAUGGGGUUCGCCGGGUCCGGAGGAUGAGCCCAAGCCCGCGGCCACGGCUCUUGCUGCUUCCUCCAGCAACGCCGGCGGCGCGGCACGGUGGCAGCUGGACGCCGCCGCUGCCGCCGGCACGAUGCAGCAGGCGCUGCUGCUGGCUGCCAAGUGUGAGGUGCCCGCCUGGGAGGUGCACCUGGCGUUUGCAGAGUCGCUUCUGGUGCACAACCAGCGGCUGUGGGAGCAGCAGCAGCCCGGCGUGACCAUGCAGCAGCUGCUGGAGGCGUCGCUGGCGGUGCUGCACCCCGGCCCGCAGCAGGCGGGGGUCACACCCGAGUGGCUCCUGGACGCCUCGCUGGAGGUGCUCCUGGCGGGCGCGCAGCCGGCGGCCGCCCUGCUGGGCGUGCUGCUGCGCAGCGUGUGGAGAGCCAGCAGCAGCAGCUGCCCCCGCCACCUGGCCCUGUGCCUGCAGCUGGCGCACCGCAGCGCGGCCGCCCUGGCAGCCGCGGCGGCCGAUGGCGGUGGCGGGCAGCGGUGGCAGCAAGCGGCGGCGGUGCUGGCAGCCUGCCACGCUGCUGUAGAGCAGCUGCUGCAGGCUGCACCAGGCUUAGAUGCCAAGCUGUUCCUGCAUCCAGUGGUGCAGCAGCUGGCGGCCUCGCUCCCAGGCUGCAGCGCAGACAGCGAGGGCAGCAGCCAGCAGCCCCGGGGCCAGCACAGCCAGCCCGUCAGCUCACAAGCCCUCAACUGGCAGCUGCUGGCGUACGCCAGUGGCAGUAAUGCGGCACACCUGGCAUCAGCAGUUGAGAUGCUGGCGCGGCAAUGUAAUGGCUUGGCAGCCGCCGCACAAUCAGCACCAGCAGCAGAAGCGGACGGCGGCAGCAGCGGUGGCUGCGGAGCCGGCUACCCGAGCAGCGGCAGCACCGUGUUCAUGGCGCUCUUCUGCCGCAGCACAUCCCAGCAAUGCGCCGCAAGAGGCGGGCUGGAUGCAGCAGCUGUGCAGCAGAGCUUGGAGUGUCUGCGCCGCAUGUCGCCCGCGCACGCAGCCGCGGCGGCGGCCUUUGCAGCCGCUGGCGGGCCCUGCCCUCUGCCGCUGCCGCCCGGCCGCGAGCAGCCGGUGGCCGUCGCCCUGCUGGAGCAGCAGCAAGCGCAGGUGCUGGCGGCGGCGCUUCAGGUUCUGGAUGGCAGCAGCAUGGCUGAGCCCGCAGGGACAGCGGGGGUCGACCCACACCUGCAGCAGCAGAUUGAGCAGCUGCGACAGCAGCAUGCCCUGCUGGCAGCCAAGGGGUGCAUAGCGGCAGCGUGCCCUGACGCUUCCCGCGCGCAGCUGGCUGCUGCCAGGGAGGCAGCCGAGGCCGUGCAGCGCGCAGCUUUGGUGGCAGCGGCAGCGCCCGGCAGCGAAGGCGGCAGCAGAGGCGAAGAGGGCCCAAGCAGUGCACUGGACAGCUGCCUGCAGCAGCUGCUGACUACAGGCACCCCAGCUCCUGCCGUGCUGCGGGUCGCUGCAGUGCUGGAGGCCCUGCAGCAGCAGCCAAGCCAGGCGCCGCCCGAGGCCGAUGCUCUGCUUGCGCAGCCCGUAGCGGCGGCGGCAGCGCAGCAGGCUGCGUCGGCGGCAGCAGCGGCGGAGGUGGCGGCGGCCCUGGGGGCCAUGUCAGGCUUGCCAAGCAGCGGCACCCCCCAAGAGCAGCAGCUGUCCCCGGGAGAUGCGGUGCAAAACCUGUUUGCGCUGCUGCGCUCCCUGCACUCUGCCGCUGCUUCGGAGGCGGACGAGGGCGGCAGCGGCAGCCCUGCGGCUGCGGCUGCGGCCGUGGCCCAGGCAGUUGCCGCGAUGCGCCUGCUGGUGUGGCAGCAGCUGCAGCGCAAGGCCGCUUCGUACGAUGGCAGCGGGGGCGCUGCGGCGAGCGAGGCUCAUGUGCAGGUGCUGGAGCUGCUGGGCAGCGUGGGCAGCAGCGGCAUGUGGCCUGGCUGGGCGCCCCACGACCUGCCCGCCGUCGAAGCCGGGCCGGGUGGCGAUGAGGGCGGCGGCGCUGGCGGCGGCUUCAGCCACCGGCAGGUCCUGUUGUUCACUCGCACCGCGGCGGCGCUGGCCCUGGAGUGGCAGGCGGCGAUGCAGGAGUGCCGCCUGUCUGCCGCCGACUUUGGCAGCGCCGAGUCGGCCGAGGCGGCGCUGCUGCGGCUGGCGGCGGCGGCCGAGGAGGCGCAGCAGCUCAGGCUGCUGCUGCGCCUGCUGGCCGAGGUGCUCGACGGCGCCUUCCCCGCUGCAGCGGCGGCACGCAGCGAGGCGGCAGCGGCGGCAGAGGGAGCAGGGGAGAGCGGGAGCAGCAGCCCUGCGGCCUCGCCUGGGGCAGCCGCCAGCGCGGGAGCAGCGGUGGUGCCGCUGCACCGCGUCUGGUCCACCUGCCUGCGCAUGCUGCUGCCGCUGGGCGACCUGGCGGGCGUGCUGGCGGCUUUAGAUGACCACAGCGCGCAGCAGGCACAGCGCCAGCAGCGCCAGCAGGGGCAGCAGGAGCAGGAGCAAGGAGGUGGUCUGCAGGCGGCGGGCAUGCCGCGGGCGCUCGUGAGCGAGGCGGAGGCGGCAGCGCUGCUGGAGGCUGCGGAUGCAGCGCAGGGCGUGGCAGCGGCGGCUGCGCUCGCGCUGCUGCUGCCCUACACGCGCCUGCAGCUCGAGCGCUGGCAGCUGUUGGUGCAGGCGUGCGCGUCUGCAGGCAGCACGGCCGCAGACCUGGCGGCCGCGCUGCCGGCACUGGCCCCGCUGCUCCUGCUGCUGGUGCAGCGGCAGCCCGGGCUGCUUGUGGAUCUGGUUGGCGGCAGGCAGCAGCAGCAGUUCAAGCUGCUGGUGGGGGCAGCCCUGCUGCAGCAGCAGCGGGAGCCCAGCUAUGGCGUCUCCCUCGGCGGCAGCAGCCUGACGCUGCGGAUGGCGGUGGCGGCGGCCGCCGCCGCUGUGCUGACGGCGGCACGGCAGCACACAGCAGCUGCCUGGCUUGCGAUGCAGGCCUGCAGCACGCCUCGCCUGCUGCAAGUGCUGGACAGCGGCAGUCGAGUGCUGCAGCAGCUGCUGUGCAGCUGCUCGGCCGGCGGCGCCGCGGCCGCCGGGGCGCUGGCGGCAGCACGCAGACUGGCGGCGGCCGGUGGCGAUGCGCAGCUGGCGGUGCCUCAGGCUGCGGCGGCGCUGCUGCAGGCGCUGCCGGAGCAGUGUGCAGAAGCGCUAUGCCAGCUGACCUCGGACCUCCAGCUGGCGCACUGA